GCAUUGCCGAACAAAAGAGUGCCCGCGGUAAGGUCGCUUUCAAGAAUGUUGAGGAAAUUGAUCGCAAAAUCGAAGCUCUUGACAAGGAAGUGAACAGCGGCAUGAUGAAACUCGUCGACGAGAAGAAGGCCUUGACUGAGAUUUCCAACCUGCGCAAGCAACGCAAGAACUUCGCCCAAUUCGAUACUUCUCAGAAAGGCAUCGAUGAAUUAAAGGCCAAGAUCAAAGAGAUCAAGGAUAGCAUGGAUGACCCCGAAUCUCGUGCCCUCAGCGAGCGUUACUCCAAAAUCCAGGCCGAACUCGAUUCUAUCAAGGCCGAACAAGAUGAGGCGUUUAAGAACCUCAAUUCUUUGCGUGAUGAACGAAGCAAACUACAAGCCGAACAACAGGAGAAAUUCCAGGCUGUGCGCAAGUUGAAGGACGAAUACUACGGUGCCAAGAAGGCCUAUGGCGAAUACGAGCGCGAGGCACGCCAGAAGGUCCGUGAGCGUCAAAAGGCUGAGCGGGAGCGCUUUGAAAUGGAGAAGAAGAAAGAACGCGCCCAGAAGAUGCUCCAGGAGGCCAGCGACCCAGCUUACCUUGAAGAGAUUCGUCGUGCCAAUAGCUUGCUCCACUUCUUUGAUCCGUCAGCUUUUUCUGCCGAAAAGGGCCCCCUUCUAGCCAACAGUGGUUUAACUGCUCAGGCUUCACGCAAGGUCGACGAUUCUGGUUUGAAAGGCACUAAGCUGGCUCGAAAGGAAGACCGCGAUGAAGAACUAUUUGCCCCCAUCAAGAAAGGAAAGAAGGGAGGCAAAAAGUCAGCUGCUACUGAAAAGAGUGGCUUCAACUGCCCACCUUCAGUUAUCGACGACUGCAGUUUCUUGGGCAUUGAUCCCCCCAUGAACGCUGCUGAUGUUCCAGCUGUCAUCGAGAAGGUCAAGGCGAAGGUAGACCACUGGAAGGCUGAUCAACAAGCUGAGACGCAACGAAACAUUGAGAAGGCGAAGAAGGAGAUUGAGAAACUGGAAGCUGAAGAAGCCACAGAGGCCGCUGGAGCUACCAACGGUGCUAACGAAGACAAGCCCAGUACUAAAGUUGAGGCUGUCACGUCGGAUCUCAAGGAUGCCUCAUUAGAGGAGAAGAAAGAUUAGGAAUCCGACCAUUCCUCCCAAUCCGAUCCCAAAUCGAAUCAGAAGUCGUGCAACGAGUCUAAGGAGAAACCUACCACAGAACUAGACGACUCCGAAACGACAGACUUUCCUCAUGCCACUAUGUCGUAGGACAGCCACCACUCGCCAAGAGCUUUUGCACACGUUGCUCAUGAGCUUGGUGAUCCAAAAGCAGAAGGCGUGUUGUCGGCGAAUGCAGGGUCGAGUAUAUUAGAUCUAGGUGUUUCUUGCAUAUAAUUAUCGCUGCCGCGGGAGCCCCCUCUUCAUUGUCUCAACGUUUAUGUCUUCUCUUACCACCUAUCCGCAAUUCCUGAUAUAUUCUGGCUGCAGUGUAAGCGAGCCUCUCAAGCAUUAUAGCUAUCCCAGCGAUUCAGCAGCAAAAUAAAAUAAAAGGAUCUCAUUUCAAUCUGAUUCGUCGUGAUCAGCUUAUUCCCAUCCAUCUAAUUGGCUAUGCCCCUUUCAAC